CGGAGCCGCGCAUGCGCGCUAGCCCAGCCCCUGCUUAUCCCGGUCAGAUACAAAAUGGCGACCGUGUAGCGCGUUUCAAAUUGAUUUUUUUUCCAACACAUUCGUUUCACAACCCGUAUUCAACGUACAAAACUCCACAACAGCAUCAAAACGAAAAUAGAACAACGCCGCGCGCGUACUCCGUUCAAAAAUACCAAUUCUAAUUUAUAACCUGUGCAGUGUAAUUGCAAUAGUAAAGCGUCUAUAAGUUUUUUCAAUUUGCUAAUUAUCUUCUUAAUUUGACAAAUGAUUAGGUGUGGUGCUUGUUCGAACUGAAAGUCGUCGUCUGGAAUAUAACACAUGAAAUCCAGCAGUAUGAAGAGAAGUGACAGUAUCUGAUGAAAGAUUAGUGGCGCGCUCCUACGUUAGACGGUUGAUGCCUUGAAGGCUAGUUCCAGAUUUUGAAUAAGAGAUGGCGUGGUGUAUGAACGGGCAGUAUGUCGACGGACAAGAGUACGUGCCAGUGGCUGAGUUUUAUGCUGACAAAUCUGUUUUUGUGACGGGCGGUACCGGGUUUAUGGGAAAGGUGCUAGUUGAAAAACUGCUCAGAAGUUGUCCUAAAAUCAAGAAAAUCUACUUGUUGAUGCGACCCAAGCGCGGGCAAGAUGUGGCGUCGCGGCUUACGGAGCUCACUCAAUCACCGUUGUUUGAGACCCUGCGGAAAGAGAGGCCGCAAGAGUUGUACAAAAUCGUACCUAUAGUGGGGGAUAUCACCGAACCAGAACUGGGCAUCAGUCCGGCGGACCAGGCUAUGCUAUGUCAAAAGGUGUCUGUGGUGUUCCACUCGGCAGCCACGGUGAAGUUCGACGAGAAACUGAAGCUGUCGGUGACCAUCAACAUGCUGGGCACGCAGCAGCUGGUGCAGUUGUGCCAUCGCAUGCUGGGAUUGGAGGCGUUAGUCCACGUGUCGACCGCGUACUGUAACUGUGAGCGGGAGCGCGUUGAAGAGACGGUGUAUGCGCCGCCUGCGCAUCCUGAACAUGUGGUGACGCUGGUUCAGACCUUGCCUGAUGAGCUGGUGGACAGGAUCACGCCGGACCUCGUAGGUGACAGGCCAAACACGUACACAUUCACAAAGGCCCUCGCCGAGGACAUGCUCAUAAAGGAGUGCGGGAACCUUCCCGUCGCCAUCGUGAGACCAUCAAUCGUACUCUCAUCUCUGCGAGAGCCGGUGAAAGGAUGGGUGGACAACUGGAACGGUCCCAACGGGAUCAUCGCGGCGGUCGGCAAGGGCAUAUUCCGCACGAUGCUCGGGACAGGCGCACGCGUCGCCGACCUCGUGCCCGUGGACACCGUCAUCAACCUGAUGAUCGUGUGCGCGUGGCGGACGCAUUUGAGGCGAGGCGAAGGCGUGGUAGUGUACAACUGCUGUACCGGCCAGCAGAACCCCAUCACGUGGCAGCGGUUCGUGAAGACCAGCUUCAAAUAUAUGCGGAAACAUCCGUUUAGUGAAGUGGUAUGGUAUCCAGGCGGCGAUAUCACCAACAACCGCCUCAAACACAGCACUCUAUCGCUGCUGCAGCACCGCGCGCCCGCUGUCGUCAUGGAUCUGGUGGCGAAGGCUUCGGGAAGCAAACCUAUGAUGAUCCGAGUCCAAAACAAGCUUGAAAAGGCCGCAGCUUGCCUCGAGUAUUUUACAACUCGCCAAUGGUCGUUCGCCGACGACAAUGUGCAAGCGCUCUGCGCAGCGCUCUCGCCGUCCGACAGAAGAACAUUCGACUUCAACGUUCGCAAUAUCGACUGGGACGCGUACAUUGAGUCCUACGUUCUGGGUAUUCGCAGGUUCUUGUUCAAAGAGAGCCCGGACACGCUGCCUAAAUCGCGCGCGAUUCUAAGAAGAUUACACAUAGUCCACGUUCUAACUCAAAUGGCCACCGUAUUCUUCCUAUGGAGAUUUCUAUUCUCACGCUCGAACGCACUCCGCAACAUCUGGCGUUACAUCCUCGAGUUCUUAACGCGGGCAGCACGCCUUCUCGCCAUAGCCUGAUGCGCGCUUUUAUGAUAAACCAUGACUACAGCGCCCCCAUCAAACUAAAAAGUUAGCAUUGCUUCCAAACUCGCUAACAUUAAAACCUCUUUUGACGUUGAAACUUUUUUUCAUCACCUUUCGAAAUGGCGGCAAGGAACUUUGACACCAAUAGAAGUUAUUGUUAAGGAUCACAACGGCAAAUAAUGUAUAGGAAUACUUUCUCUUCAAUAAUAAGCUUACGGGGCUGUUGUUUUUUGCUUCCUCUAUAAUAGUGGUUCUGUGCGGUGUAGAAAUUGACGAUGUUUUAGAUUAGUAAAAUGGCGCGUUUGAAUUUUUUAUCAUCAUUCAGUUACAGUAAUCUUUGGAAAAGAUUUCAUUGCAGUGAACGUUUAUCUAUUGACAUCUGUCUUUAAAUUUGAAGCACCAAAUCAAAGGCUCAAAUUAGAUUGGUUUAUGGGACUAAUAAAUAGAAACAUCUAGCAAAUGUCCAAUCUUUAUUGAACCUCUCACGACACUUUCAAUGAAAUCAUUUGCAAAUAAAGGUAGAUAUCGUGUAAUGAUUCUCAAACUGUAAUUGAAUGAUGUGAAUAUAACAGUUGCCUUAGUGAUUUUACAUCGCAUAAAAUCAUUUACUCUUCCCGAGCGCUAGGCCGUUAAGAUAGUUCUGUUACUAAUUGUUAAAUAAGUAAUAGUAAUUCCAGAUAAUUUUGUACCUAUAUUACAGCUCAAUGAUUAUCUAAAAAAAUAAUGUUCAAAACUCUGUUAUCGCCUAGUAAUAAUUGUACAAUAGUUAUAAAUGCUAUUCGAGAAACACCAGUUAAUAUAUUCGACUAGUUAAAUAAAUAGAUGUUUCUGUUGCCACUUCUGACGAGUUUGUUUUCAACAUCGUCGAUUUUAGACGUUGUUUUGUAUCAAAUAUUGAUCAUAGGCAGAUUGUCGAGUAUUUUGUAAAGCAUCAACCAUUACGCUGUUCGAUUGUAAGAUUGAAAUUAAACGGUGCAAGCGAUACGAUGAUUACUUGAAGAUGUUCAGUCAGUCGCGCAAAUGACUUCCUAUUAAUAUAGAAAUAGGUUAAUAUGAUCAUAAUAAUGCGUAUACUUCACGAUUGCUUGCAACGCUUAAAUUCAAUGGCAUAUGAAAGUAUAAAAUUAAGGUAUAUGACAUAUUAAAAUAAAAAAAACCAUUAGAUCUAAAAUAACGCGCAGGAAUUCAUACACAAAAAUGUCUGUAACAAAAACACCAAAAAUAAAUCACCCUACAACUACAGGUUCUAAACCAAAGUUCAAUUUAUUUAUAAUAUUUAUUCCUGAACAUCUUAUUGACGCAUUGAUUAGGUGUGAAGGCUCAAACAGUUAGCUAAUACUAGUCAAGAGUAAACUAUUAAACUAUUCGACAUAAUAUAGGCACCCAUGUAAAAUAUAAACAAAAUUCCAUUUAAAAUUGUUAAACAAACGGUUAUUAGUAAAAUUAUUUAAUGAAAAUAAUAAUUAAAGUAUAGAAAAGUGGAGUGAGCGGUUUGAUAGCGGCUAGGAUUGUAGUUUUAACAAUUUUUUGUCCCGAUCAUUCUGAAAUUUGAAAUGUAGGCGUACAAGUAUCCUAACGCAACAUUAAAAGAGUCGAUGGUAAAAUGAAACUUUUACAAUACGACGAAAAUGUACCUCUAGUUAUAGUAAGAGGUGGUGAUGAAAAUUUUGUAAAGGUUGUUAUGAAACAUAUUACGUAAAUUUAUACCUUUGCAGUCUUUUUAACGCGCUUGGUGCACUAGGAAUGUCUGAUAAGGAAAUCCUAUGCUUGCUCAACAUUUUAUUUGAAAUUCUUUUCAAAGUCUUACUAAGUUGCAAACAUUACAUCAUUAUUUUUCAAAACGUUAACAUAAAGCUUUGAACUAUGAAGUUAUUGAAUUUCAUAAUAUUGCAAAUAAUAUUGAUUUAACUUCCACCAAAAGACUAUGUUGACUGAUUAAUUUCUUUAUUAAUGUUUAAAUUAAAAAUUAGAAUUACACUUUUGAAACAUAAGCUCAAUGGCAAAUUUUCUUCCUAAAAUACUAAAUAAGAUUUAGAUUUUAGAAAUUACGUCUAUCAACAUAAUUUUGAUUGUACCAAUAUUACCAAUAAUAAGGUUUUAAGUUAGAUCUUUGUUGUGGUUACUAUCAGAUUUAUGUUUCAACAAAAAAUUGAAUAGCAUUCUGAUGUUCAUUGUAUUUAUGGAAUUUUUUACGACAAUUAUUAUCUUUUAGGAGUUUGAAUUGAUAUAGAAAUCGAUGAAACCUAUAACUGAGGUUCAAGUUAUCGACAUCAAUUAUUUAUUUGAUUUAUCUGGACGAUGUCAUAUUACUAAACUAGAAACAUUGAAAUACAAAUUGAAUAGAUUAACUAAUAAAGUUUAUUUUCUUGGUAUCAAGAUAAUCAAAUGUAAGUAAAUCAUUGCAAGGAUAUUGAAUAAAAUUGGUAAUUGGUACUUAUGUCAGGGAUUCUCUCUUUCUCUCUGUUUUGUUGAUUUGGCUUUUGAGAAUCAAUAAUUUAAAUUAGACAUCACCACAAAUAAGUUGCGUUAGUUUUGGCUUGACAGCUGCAAAUGUGCCGAAUUUGUAUAAAAUGCUAGUUGAUGAAUUUUAGAUAGAAUUAGUUUAACAUUUGCUGGUUGGAAUGCUUCGCAACCAUAUUCUCGCCUGAACGAAGGCUUCAGAUAAAAUGUAAAAGAUUUUGAUAAAGUUCAACGAAAACGUGAGUCCAGAUAGGGAGUUUAGAUUUACACGACGACGGUAGUUGGAAUGGCAUAACAACUUUAAUAAACAAAAAAUUUGAUAUUUUGUUCGUGGCAUAUCGUGUCAAAAACUUUGAUUAUAAUUUUUAUGACGAUGUCACGAAUAUUCUUAUUCCAUUGUUAUUUAUGCUUCCCAUAUUGUCUUGGUAAAGGUCUUUUGGUAUGGUAAUAGUAAAUUAUGUUCGAUUUGACUGUAGUGAUUUGAUUGUAGGCUAUAAUGUGAUGAAUCCAAUGGUUUUCUAUCCCAUGCUUCCUAGUUUGUGUUAUAUUGUGUCUAAAUUUGUUAAUAUUUAUUGUAUUGAGAUAUUGAAAUGGUGGAUAGUAUUUACUCCAAUCGAGUAAUUGUUUUUUUUAUUCAGGAAGCUCGUUUACUAAUCUUUUAACUAUUGAUUCAUGCUUUUUAAGAGGCAUUCUUAGCCUAUUCACCUAAUAAAUUUUCAUAGAAAGCCUAAACUUUGGUAUAUUGCAAUCCACCAUUUUUACGUCUGGAUUACAAUUGCCCAUUUGUUUGGAUCUUGUCUCCCAACACUGAAAUUUAAGUCUUCUAAUAUGUACCGUAAUACCUGGUAAUAAGAUUUACUUGUUAAGUAAUGCCUAAGUUUAUACGACGUGUUAUUUUAAGUGUUAGCAUUUCCUCUUAAUGUUAAGUCUAAUGCGGAACGCUUCGUCCUUGUUACUUCGGAAAUACUACAAUUUUGGAAGGGAUUUAAAAAAGUUGGACAUGAAAAUUUUUAGCGAAGAGAUUUUUCAUUUUUUUUAAUUUUGAUUCAUUAAGACUACGUCAAGAACCAAGGCAAAGAUUAUCAUUACGUUAAUUUUACAGUAAAGUAGACGUUAUUGGGCGCGGGAAGGUUAUGGGUACAAUAAGGAAGUAAGAAAUCGACGACACCGAUUCUGACGACAAUUUGUAAGAUAAAAACACACAUAGAUACAGUUUUUUGCUUUGCAUUUAAUGUAUAAGUGAACUCAUGGAAAAUAUGAGAUCGUUAUCACGGUUUCGUUCUAGUUUAUUGUUGUAUAGAGCGCAUUUGCCUAUUAUGUUUAUUUGUAUAUUAGUGUUAAUAUGGAUUCGACAGAUUUUGUUAUAUGAUUUGAACUAAGGGUUACAUAGAAGAUAAUAAAUAGAUUUAUUAAUACAGCAGACUUUUUUCUGAUAUUCCAGAAACUUGGCAUUUAAAUGGCACAAUGUCCAGCUUUUGUGAAUCCGUUCCUACUUCUUCCAAUGUUAUUAAGAAUUUUUGAUAGAUGACGUUCUGUUAUUACCAAAAUACCUUCAUUGACAUCUAUACUAUUAGUGUGCUGGACUACUAUGUCUACCAGAAUAUCAUCUGAUCUUCCAGUUUCUAAGACACUCGUAGUUGCUUGUAUAUUAGCCAAUUUGCUACUUUCUUCAUUGGUAGUAUAAAAAAGGCUAUCAACAGGUUUUGUUUCAGUAAUUUAUUCGUCAUAGGUCUCUUUGUGAGAAUUGAGACUUUCAGAGAUUUGUUUUUUGGAAAGUUCCACGGUUAUUAUGACAGAUUUAAGUCAAGUAAUAUACCUGAAUACAACAAUAUUGAAUGUAGAGUCCAGUGCACUCAUAAGAUAGAUGUCAGUCACUUAUUCUGAGUUAUCUUUGGACUUCCAUAUUUUUAUUGUAAUGAAUUAGAUUUCACACAAGCAGAUUUAUCACAGCUAAAAUUUUCCUAUUUUUUGGGAAUUUCCAACGGACAGAAAGGUGAAUCAGAAUAAGACAGUUCCCAACCCUUAGUGUAAAAACCUGUCGUUUCCUCGGAGGAGGUCGAUUUGUGAAUUAUGAUUAUUUACGCCUGUAAGUAUAUUAUUAUAUGUACAUUUUGAACAAAGGAAAACACUUGGUCUUUAUUAUUAUUGUUAUUUUAGUGAGCUUGUAAAGAUUUUGCGUUGACUGCUUUUCUAUUUAAGAUAUUGUUUCUCGGAAAUUGAUAAAAAAAUGUCUGUGCGAUUAUUUAUUAUUGUGUAUAUAGAAUUUAGCUACCCGAAGUUAAAUCCAAAAUAUGAGAAGCGAAAAGUGUGUUUCAUUUUUUUUCGCUGUCAUAAAAAAGUUUGUAGGGAAGUUUUUGGGGAGGAUAAGGCGUGUGCGGUUCCUAAGCCAGCGUUGUCGUCAUUUUUGCAUCAAACGUUGUUAAUAUUAUUUCCAUACACGUAAUUAUUUGCAAUAGGUACAAUCAAAGUGAAUUAGAACCAAAUGACUUAAAUUUUGAUGAAGUUUUUACGUUAAUAACAGUAGAUGGCGCUAAAACAGGAUAGUAACAUAAAAUGGCGGCUGACUCUCGUUUGGGGACCGCGUGAAAAUGCUUUAAAUUUGUUUUGCUUAGAUGCCAACAUUUUGUCUAUGGUAUGGUAAUCUAGAACUUGGGAAACGUUACGAGUGGUAUAAAUAUGCUCAAAGUGCGAUCGUCCUCGUCUCAUCUGCUGGUUCCAAAAUCUUUGUCUAUGCUUUAUUUCUUUUCAUUUUAGUCAGAUUUGGUGAGAUUCAAAUAUGUCUAGCAAUAUUUCAAAAUGUUCACAAUGAAUUUGAAGUUGUUGAAAGGCAUUUGAUAGCAAUUAGAGUAAUUUAUGGAGUUUGCAAUUCGAAAUUGGGGAAAUGCCAUAAAUUCACAUCAGAUAGUCGUUGCAAAAUAAUAGCACCUAUGACAAUUUAGUACCAUGUGUCAUCGUCUCUAAUUGCCUGUUAUUUGCUUGUUGUUACAAACUUAACGUAGCCUUCAGCAUCAUGCUGAUAAUCUCAUAAUUUUUGACUUUGGGACUAUAUUUCAGUUGCCAGAUCAUUUAUCUGCAGUGUCAGUUUCAAUAACAAUUUGAUCAUGCAUGUCCAUAAAAAGGAAUUGAAUAUAGCAAUGCAUGCAUUGCAUUGGAUGUUUCAAAAAUAGCAACAAUUUAGCAAAUCAUAAUCAUAGGUACUGCUUAGGUCAGACAAAAAGUACCCGAAAAAACAUCAGAGAGAGAAAGAUACAGAAGUGAACUAGCCAGAUAGAGACGGGGAUAGUCAGGCAGCCAACGAGUCUUGGUGAUAGGUCGGCGACAAACGUGGGACGAUUUGAUUUACUAUUCCAUAUAUUAAAAUAAAAAGGAUGUAAAGUU